AUGGACCCUUCGCAGGCUUCGAGCAAUGUAACGGUCGAAUACACAGAUCCUUCGGGCUUAUUUCCGCUCAUUCAGCCCGUGAUUGAAGCAAAGCUCCCCCUAAAAAAUCUCCACUGGAAAUCGCCAACCCGCCCCGUGCGGUCAAUCGAGUCGCUCCGCAUCGGCUUCACACCUGCGCAAGAAUCAAAUGAACGCAAAUCAUCGAGCGAUACGGUUCAUGGCACCGUCGCCCAUCGCAGACACCAGAUCCCCGGUCUACGGCAGACCCCAUACCUGAAAGUUUACCUCCUCCGAUGCGACGACAACGAAACCUACAAGACGACGGCCCGACGGAACGUUCGCGAAUGGAUCAAGGCCAACGCAUCUUCGCAGAGCUCGCAGAGCUCGCAGUCCGCAACUACUAGUCAGGAAAAGCAUGAUGCCUUUGAGUGGCUUAUCCUGCAUGUGGUACCGGACGGUGAUGCUGCGGACAAGGCGGCCACACCUUCCUCCAAAUGGGGCCGGGGUUCAACUACAGUGCUGGAAAAGGCGAAGGCCGACUUCAAUGGGUCGUCUAAGUCUGCUGUGGAUCGUGUGGCCCAACUGCGUCUUCCGAAACAGGGGACCAAGUCCCCUGAAUUGGCCGAGCAAUUGGAGGAUUUGAUUGAUAAAAUGAAGAACGGGAUUCUAGCUUCGUUUGAUCUGCGUGUGGCUCAAUAUGAGGAGGAUAUAAAGGAGAAAGACUCUCAGCGCAGUUUGCCUGGCUGGAACUUCUGCACGUUCUUCAUCCUUAAGGAAGGUCUUGCUAGGGGGUUCGAGAAUGUGGGCCUCUUCGAAGAUGCGCUGGCUGGUUACGAUGAGCUAGCUGUUGGCUUGGAUGCGGCCAUCCGGGACCAGCUCGAUGGGAGUAGUGACCAACACGGUGGUGCACUCUCGAUCACCAGUAAAACCUGGGCUGAAAUGGCCAAAAAGGCAUUGCAGACUGGGUCUUCCGAUGACAACGACGAUGACGAGACUCUCUUUUCGGAGCUUCAGCCGGGGGAUUUCCCAUUUAAUGCCAACAAGAUGUCCUACCGGGAAAUGAUCCUGGCAAGCGAUAUCUCCAUCUUCGAUUUCCGCACAUACAUCUUCUCUCGUCAACUGACUCUACUGCUCCGAGCCGCGAGAGCUCCAUCACUUGCCGGCAGUGAACCUGCGGCAGACGGCAACGCGGUGAAAUCAAACAAGAAGCCCGAAAAUCUCAUUCUGCUAGCUGAGAUUUGUGGAAGAGCAACGGAAUUUAUCGGUUUAGCUGCACGUACCCUCCGCUAUGAUCUCGAAUGCGGUCUGGCAGAGGUAGUUCAUGAUGACAAGACAGAUAUUAUCAACAAUCUAGUCUCUUCGUGGGCAUUUUCGGCAGCUUUCCAAAUCCUGAGUCAAACCUCUACUCCGACCCUCAUGCUUCCCGAGUCCUCUCUUCAUGCUGUUGCACAAUCGAGUGAAGCCGCUGCUGUUAUGAUGGCAGAUUCCCGUGCCGAUGUCCCUCGCCGCUCUAGUUCCCUCAUGGGCUCAUCUGGUGCCCGACCUGCCCGGCCAGUGACCCAGGAUAUAUCUGAUAGUGUCGGUUUGAUGCAGCGGCGAUCGACUAUGGAACACCCUAAGCCCGCGCCUAUUCCGACGCAGAAGACUGGCUCUGAACAACUGUCAUCCGGGAGGGCGGAAUUGCUUCUUUUGGCUCGGCGGUCCCUCGAGGAGAUUGCUAGCAGACGGGGCUGGGCUGAGAACUGGAGCAAUCUCGGUCUUCUCUUUGACGACCGCCAUCGUUCUGGGGCAAGUGACCUGGCGGAGAUCUCGUUGGACGGCGAUGACACUGAAGAGUCACAGACACCUUCUAAGAAGAAGGAAUCGUCGCUUGUAGGCAUCGAGCUUUCUGGUCUCAAGGCCGCAUUAAAGUCAAAAGACGCCUUCCUGUUCCUCUAUGAAGAUCUCACAGACCGUUUAAUCCGCCAUCAUAUGGCAGCCAACCGCGUCAACUCUGUUGAACAGUCCCUGGCUGAAAUCGCUAUUUUACGAUACCGCCAGAAAGAUUACGAGUCUGCUGCUUCCUAUUUCCAUCGGAUGGCUCCCUUCUACGGCUCCAAGUACUGGAUUGUUCUGGAAGGAAGCAUGUUGGAACUCCACGCGCGGUGCUUGAAGGAGCUCAAACGGAACGAGGACUACGUUCGGAUGAUGAUACGGUUGCUUUCCAAAUUUGCUACAUAUGCGCAGGCGCAAUUAUCAGUCAGGCAAAAGUCCUUGGCUGGCUCCAUUCCUUCUACUGAGCAGGAAAUGCUAGAAGGACAUGUCCGCGAUUUGUUUGAAGCGUCUGGUGCUCUUCAAAAGGAUAUCCCUGCUUCCUUGACAGACUUCUUUGCCGACUUCCGUGUCGACCCAGCCAUUCGACUGUACGACAACAAGGAUGGAUUCCAGAUCCAAUUGUCUUUGCGAUUUCUUUUGGGCCAGCAGAUCGAGAUUGACAAUCUCAAGGUUCGGCUGGUCAGCGCUAAUAGCUCUCAGAAUUCUGAGCACUGGAUCGAGAGCCCAGCCAAUUUCGUUGUGAAAUCAUCAUCAACACAGAUAUUGAUUGACUGCUCGACCACACUUCAAGGCAAGUACUUCAUUGACCGGCUUGAAAUGAGGGCUGGCAACCUUGUCUUUAACUUCCACGGCGGGCAAGACUCCACCCUUCCAGUUGGCUUCCGGGAAACGGAAGACUCAGAGGAAACCGACAACCAGCCUUACAUCUAUUGCUACCCUCCGGCCGAAGCCCUGCAGGCGAAGAUCGUGUCACCGCACCUUAUUAACCUCCAGGCCAUGCGGACGCUGGAGCUGGAACUUGACAGCGGACGAAAUGAUAUCAAGAGUGGUACGAUCCGUGUCCGGCCAGGUACUGCAGGCCUACGGCUUCGCCUUGCGGAAAUAGAGGUUGUGGAUGGCAAGCUCGACGUGGAUGCCAACCACGAUACGGGCAUUAUCGAAUUUGAGCAAUUGCCGGCGCGGUCAUUCGUCCGACUGCGUAUCCCAUACACUGUAGAGGAGGCAUUUUCGACCCUCUCAGCGCGAGCAGAGAUCGCUUAUGAGACCGAGCAAGGCCGAUUCGCUUCUUCGGCAUCAUUCAGUGUUGUUUCAACGCUACCUAUAUCGGUCAACGUGCAGGACAUUUUUAAGGAUGAACUACUAUUCUCGCGUUUCACUAUCAGUCCGGCCAUGCUGAUCCCGCUUCGUAUCAUGAACUGCAGUCUACCCAGCUCAGACAUCUACGACGUGCAAUCCAGCAUCACCGGCCCCGUCGCCCUUGAUGUCUUCCCGAAGCAGCCCGCGUCUCUUCUUUACAAAAUUCGCCAUAAUGAAGGCACCACGGUCGCAUCAACGCCGCGUAGCCUACAACUGAGCGUUGACUUCACAUGCGUCGACGAUGAGUGUCUCGAUGCAGUCGAAAAGCAAUUCGCUGCUUCCAUUGACUCCAGUCCAUUCCGCCAGUACGCAGCGCUGCUCACAUCGCACAUUGUCAGCAGUUUCCGCGCACAGCUGUCCACGAAUGACAUGGAAGCCAUUGGGCUCAUUCGAGAGGUAAACAUGCUGCCCUAUCAGACUGUGCGAUGGGACGAUCUGCUCGGAGCUUUGAAGGCACCAGGCGAGGAUGUUCGACAGUGGCUCAAGGAGUGGCACAAGAACAACUCCAUCAUCCACCUCCCCGCACAACCUACCAUCCCAACCCGCCGCAUCAUAAUCCCCGUUGACGUCCCCGAGAUCCAAGUCGUGCACACAGCCGAUCUCCAGCUCCAGCCCAAACCCACCACCGACACAAGGCCCUCCACCCACGCCGCCGUCGGCCAGAUGAUCACCGCCGAGCUGUGUCUCCGCCACACACGACGCUGGUGUUCCCAAGCGACCCGCGAAAACGCCGACCAACCCCUCGAAUGCUCCUACGAGAUCCACGCCAAUCCAGACCAGUGGCAAAUAGGCGGUCGCCGCCGGGGCAACUUCCUCGCGCGCGACGGCGAAUCCACCCGCUUCACCCUCCUACUACUUCCCCAGAAACCAGGCCAUCUCCUUCUCCCGAGUCUUGAGAUCCGUACAUUCUACCCAUCCGCACCUCAGCUCCCGACGUCGCCGCCUGCGGCUGAUGCUGCUGGUUCUAUGGCGCCGGCUCGUCGCUCGAUCCCUUGUGAGGUCGACUACCGUAACCAUGGCGAGACGGUCCUCGUUCUCCCAGAUUUGAAGAAAACAACUGUUAGUCUUAGUGCCGCUGGCAGUAAUCAUGCUGCUGGUGGGGAAUCUUGGCUUGUUGAUUCGGAGCGGCGGACGGAGGAGGUUCGUUGA